AUGCGUUCUCAUGUUGCGGAAUGUGGAAAAUGGGAUGUCCUCGAAUUGCGCACGACAAAUGCUGCUGAGGCAUAUCACAGGCGCGUUCUCCCACCUUUUGAGGAAUUACUGCAGUGCAUACAACUAUUGAACACGGAGGCACUCGGAUUGCUGCUGCACAUGAGAGAUAAUCCUCGAUUAACCAGACCCCUUCGGAGAAAGGACCGACUGCGAAGGGAGAAGAUUGCAGAAGCGAUAGAGAAAUUUAAAAUAGAAUGGCUUUCAAGUGCCAGCAUGAACACGCAAACGAUAAAUAAAUUUUGUCGCAGAAUGUCUCGUCAUGUAACUGAGAAAAUUGUUUAG